GCAAAUUACUCAAAAAUGAGGAAGUAGAGGGUGUGAGAGAAUGUUGGGUGUAUGCUGAGAAAGUCAUAAAAUAAAGUAAGAUCAUAACUAAGUGCCAUUUAAAGAAAACACCAUCAUCACUCUGCAGAGGCCAAACUAAAGAGAUGGUUUCCCUUGAAGAAGAACAUGAGCUCUCCUCGAUAUACGAAAACUUUGAAGAUGUUUCAGCCAGGAAUGCUGCAUCCCGCCGCUCUGUUGAAGACUUCAAGGUGCCUGCUGCAGCGCCUGAGACCAAACUCAUGAGACUGGUUUUGGUUAGCUUCGGACUCCUGUGUGUCCUGCAAGCUGCUCUCAACAUUUCCCUGCGUCUUUCUUUCUAUAGUUAUGGUCGAGGAAUGCAAGAAUUUGAGGGAGAAGAUUUAAAGAGGAAGCUGAGUACUUUUGAUCAUUACUCCCAACAAGGAUGGGUGUAUUUCAACCACAGUUUCUAUUACAUUUCUGCUAUUCGAAAGUCCUGGCAGGAGAGUAGAGACGACUGUCAGCAAAGAAAUGCAGACCUGAUCAUUAUCAACAGCAAAGAUGAACAGGAAUUUGCGAGGCGCUUCAAACAGGCCACAUGGAUUGGACUUACUGACAGAGAGUCAAAUGGGACUUGGAGAUGGGUGGAUGGGACUGCACUGGAGACAAGGUUCAGUUGUUCACUCAUUCUAUUGGCAAGAUGGGGAGCCCAACAAACAUGAAGGAAAAGAUGAAGAUUGUGUAGAAAUAAGGUUUUUUGAAAAGGAAAACAACUGGAAUGAUGUACAAUGUGAACUGCAAAGAUUCUGGAUCUGUGAAAAAGUGAUGGCUCUAUAACUCAUGAGAACCAAAGCCCACAAGAUUGUGAUCGAUAAGCUGCAGGAUGAAGUGCUUAUCAUCAUGUCGAUUGGGACAUUCCGGCUAUGACUUCAUCAUUUCUGAACAACAGCCCAUCAUACGGCUGUGCUGUCUUUAAGUCAGAAGGUGGUGGGUUCAAUCCCAGCCAUGCAGUUAUCAUGUUGAUUUAUCCUAGUGUGUAUUGUGCUGCUUGUUAAAUGUGUUCUCAAACCUGUUAAAAAUCACACCUUAAACUCCUGUUACUGAGUAGAUAGUGACAAAACCUUUAAUAGCAACACCAUUUUUUAUGCUAAUAAACAUGUAUAUCUGGCUCUUGAGAGCUCUGAAGUGAAGUGUACGUCUUGUGCCAAUUCCAUCAAUCAAAGUCAAUCAAAGUUUAUUUAUUUAGCCCAAUAUCACAAAUUGUACUUUUGUCUCAGGGGAUUUCAGUUUAUACAGAACAGGAAUACGCCAUAAUUUCCGGUGUUGUAAGCUUAUAAAAUAUGUAUUGAAGAGAGAAGAGUCACUGUGUUUCUCCUUCCACUGUGUAAAACUUGACACAAAGCUUCCAAAUAAAAAUGGGACUGGUCAGAGGAAGUAAAAUAAAAUAUGAUGGCAACUCAAAAAUAUUGUUAAAGACACGUGCACUUGUUGAAACUUUCAGAGCAAUUGAAAGUACAUUUGUUAUAAAUGUUGUCGUAUCCACAGAAUACAAGGCUACCAAGCAAAACCACAUUGUGUGAAAAUUAA